AUGGCCUCCUCUUCCGGGAGCUUAGACACCUCUGCUAAUUCUCACCCCUCCUUCACUUUCUCUACUCAUCCUUUUAUGACUUCUUCUUACUCUGACCUUCUUGCCUCUGCCAACAUCGAUCCUCCUUCCUCCGCUCCUCUCCGCGCUUCCACUACCGGAGUUCCUAAAUUCAAAUCCCUCCCUCCCCCUUCUCUCCCUCUCUCUCCGCCCCCCAUGUCUCCUUCUUCCUUUUUCGCCAUUCCUCCUGGUUUGAGUCCCGCCGAGCUUCUUGAUUCCCCUGUUCUUCUUAGUGCUUCUCAUGUUCUGCCGUCGCCGACCACCGGGACUUUCCCGUCUCACUCGUUGAAUUGGAAGAGCAAUUUUGGAUAUAAUCAGCAGAACAUUAAGGAAGAAAACAAAUAUUCGUCUAAUUUCUCAUUUCAAACUCAAUCCUCAAAGCUCCCGCCGACGUCUUUUCAGCCUUCAUCCACCAUAGCUCCCACCACUCAGGGAUGGAGUUUUCAAGAACAGCGCAAGAAGGAGGAUAGUUUUUCGUCCGAGAAGAAUAUGGUAAAGCCGGAGUUUGGAUCGAUGCGGAGCUUCUCACCGGAAUAUGGGGUUGUUCAAAACCAGAGCCAAAACAACGGCAGCGGGGAAUUGCGGUCUGACUAUGGCAACAAUUAUCCUCAACAAUCUCAGACAGUGAAUCGAAGGUCGGACGACGGCUACAACUGGAGAAAAUACGGCCAAAAACAGGUUAAAGGAAGUGAAAAUCCGAGAAGCUAUUACAAGUGCACUUUCCCCAAUUGCCCAACAAAGAAAAAGGUCGAAAGAUCCUUAGAUGGACAGAUCACGGAGAUCGUUUACAAAGGCAGCCAUAACCAUCCCAAGCCCCAAUCCACGAGGAGGUCGUCGCUGUCAUCGGCCGGUUCUUCUCAAGCCAUAGUGGCUUUGAAUCAGGCCGCUAACGAGAUGGCGGACCAGUCAUUUACAACCCAAGGCAGUGGCCAAUUUGACGGCGUUGCAACACCGGAGAAUUCCUCGAUUUCAAUCGGCGACGAAGACUUCGAUCGGAGCUCUCAGAAGAGCAAAUCCGGAGGGGACGAUUUUGAUGAGGAAGAACCAGAGGCUAAGAGAUGGCGAAGGGAAGGUGACAACAAUGAAGGUAUUUCGGCUGCCGGCAGCCGGACGGUGAGAGAGCCGAGAGUCGUCGUCCAAACUACCAGCGACAUCGACAUUCUCGACGAUGGUUACCGGUGGAGGAAGUACGGCCAGAAAGUUGUGAAGGGAAACCCAAAUCCAAGGAGUUACUACAAAUGCACAAAUCCAGGAUGUCCAGUAAGAAAGCAUGUGGAGAGAGCUUCACAUGAUCUAAGGGCAGUGAUAACAACCUAUGAAGGGAAGCACAACCACGAUGUUCCACCGGCACGUGGCAGUGGAAGCCAUUCCCUCAGCCGUCCAUUCCCUAACAACGAGCCUCCUGCCGCGAUUCGCCCAUUAUCGGUAGUGACCCAUCACUCAAACAACGGAGGGCAUCCGCAGGGUCUACGGCUGCAGCGAUCUUCGGAUUCCCAAGCAGCGUUCACAGUGGAAAUGGUGCAAAAUGGGAAUGGAUUUUCAUUCCCAGAAUUUGGAAACUCAAUGGGAAUGGGAUCCUACAUGAACCAAACACAGCCCAAUGACAAUUUGUUCACAAGAGCCAAAGAAGAGCCAAGAGAUCAUGAUAUGUUCAUCCAAUCUCUCCUAUGUUAA